UAAAAUAAUACCUAAAACCCUAAAAAGAACCCAUUCACAAUGACGAGCAGAAUUGGCUUUUCUCUACCUUCUGAAGUCUGAACUAUCUACUCAACCAUAGAGGAAACAGGAAUUGAUAUAGCAUCAGUAAAAAUAAAUAAAGGUUAUGCAGUAAAGGAAGACAUAAAAAAUGGAUAACCAGCCGGCCAAGAAGAUUGAGAACAGCUCAAGUUCCGAUGUAAUCAGUAACUUGCCGAGUAAUAUCAUAGAUAAUAUUCUAAUUUUUCUGCCGAUUCAUGAAGCAGUGAAAACUAGUAUCUUGUCCAAGAAAUGGAGGUUCAAUUGGAGAUAUCUUCCCAAAUUGGUAUUUGACUAUGCUUUUUACGAGAGAUCAGUACGAUACUCUGCUGCAAAACCUAACAUUAGUGAACUCUUUCUUAAUAUCUAUAAAGUUCUAUUACUUCACCGUGGACCCAUAAUCAAUUUUACGUUUCAUGUUCCAUUGGUUAAAAGCUAUCCCCAGAUUGACCACUUGAUGCAUUGCCUGAGCAAGAAAGAUGUUCAUGAAUUUUACUUUCAUAUUGGAACUUCUUCUUAUGGUUCCUAUACAUUGUCAUCAUUUUUGUUCUCAUGUGUGACAUUGAGGCGCUUGACCUUGUCCUCAUGUUUACUCGAAGUUCCAUUGGCAUUUCAAGGAUUUCCGAAGUUGAUUUCUCUUACCUUCCACUUGGUUCGUUUCAAAGCCAAUGUAUUUGAAUCUUUCAUGUCCAAAUGCCCAUUACUUGAAACACUUUCUAUAAAAUACUGUACCAGCAGAAUGGAUAGCCUUGAUAUUGACCUUCCUCAGCUUAAGUUCUUUCAGUUCUAUGGUUGUUUUAAAUCUAUUUGUUUUAGAAAAACUUGUCAGCAUCUUUCAACAGUUAUAUUUGAUGGAGAUUUUAGCAGACACGAGACCUCCGAAGAACGGAUCAAGUUUUUUGAAUCUCUGCCUCUCAUCGAGCACUUGCGUCUCGGAUCUGACUUUAUUGAUUACAUGGUUGAAGGAACAAUGCCGAGGAAACUUUCGACUACUCUUAGCUUUCUUAGAGUUCUUGAACUGCCUAAACUAAAUUUUAGGUUUACGGAGGAGGUCUCGUUUCUUCUUUGCUUGAUUGUGAGCUCUCCUAACUUAGAGAUUCUUGAGAUUGGGUUUGUUUCAUAUAUGGAUGAAAUAGAAUUGCCGCUUCUUGCUUUAGAAAUUCUUGAAGUACAAGACCUUUUAGAUAAUGCACUGAAAAGGCUUCGAGUGGUGAAGAUGAAGAUCUUGCACACAGAAGAAGUAAAACCUGAACUCGAAUUUAUUAAGUUUCUAUUGGCUGAAUCAAUAGUUCUAGACAAGAUGUUUAUACAGCCUCGCAAAGGAAAUAUUGCUGAGGAAGGGCUUCAGAUUUUGAAAGAGACACUUCAAUUCCAAUGUUCAUCGAAGAAAGCAGAAAUUGAAUUCUUAGAUGCCGAGGAUGAUGGUGAAGUUAGUAGUGAUGGUAGUGAAGCGUCUGAUGUUGAUUGUGCCUGCAAUUUUGAAUCAAACCAUUUUUUCUAGAUGCCUAUUGUUUUGGUGAAUUAAUUAGCAGAUAUAUUAUGAAAUCCUGUGUUUCUGAUUUCAUGUCAAUAUGGAUAAUUUACAAUCCUGUGUAACAAUCCCAAGGUUUACUCGUAUGUUAAAUUUAUUCAAUAAGGUGUCAUGCCAUUAA